AUGCGCAUACCCAUUCGCGAGCAGCUCGGGUGCCUGGUCUUGUUGUCCUCUCUGAUCGGCCUGGCCGUCAUCGCCGUUGCAACAUGGAUCACCAACCACAACUUCGUGCUCGACGUCCGCUCCAGUGCCCUCUCCCUGCGAGCCUCGCUCAAGGCAGCACAGGUCGCCUCCAGCAUGCUUGUCAUGGAGACGACGGUGCGUCAGACAGCCUCCCGUCUCGCCAUCCAAAGCGCGCUGCAGCGGUACAACAACUUGGGUAACAACACAGUGGAGAACUGGUCACGCGCAAGAGACGACUUGGAUGCCAUCUUCACCGGUGAAGGAGACGCUCGCUUGGCCGUUCAGGCCAAGUUGUACCCAAAAAACUCGUCGGAUAUAGCCCUCAUCGCCAUGACCAAGGGCACACUCCAAGGCCUGCACCUGCCCGACACACCCAACGGAGACACCGUCUUCUUUGGCGACAACUCCUCCUUCAUCCCGGAGCUCUACCCCAAGUUCCGAACCUAUGCAAACAGAGUUAAUGGCUCCUUCACCCAGUGGUUUGCCGAGUACGAUGGGCGCCAAAUCCACGCCGACAGCUUUUUGGUCAGCGGCCCUUAUGCCGUCAAUGAUUCGCUCAGUCUCAUCUCCAUCACCAUGCCCAUCAUCAAUAACACAUCCAGCAUCGACACCCUUGGCUGGUUGACUACUGUAUUAGACGCGAACCUUAUUCAGAAAGUUGUAAACGCUUUGGAAGGCUUGGAUCAGACUGGACUCACGAUAAUACUGGGACCAAACAACGCGACCAACAUGUUCCCAGCCGGUGUCGUGCUUAACGAAGAUGCACCAGAAAGCGAAUCCAUCCGCUUCGUGCUACCCCCUACAAAGCGUCAAGGCCAGGCACGGCAUGGCAACAAUGACAACCCCGAGCCCAAUGCGCCCUUCGACUGGACCAAUUUCGAUGCCGUCCGACAAGGUUUCACCGUACGUACCGGCGCAGCAAGUAAUGCCGGGUAUGACAUGUCUGUUCGCAAUGAGCUGGGCAACGACGUUGCGGUUGGCUAUGCAAUCGUACAGAGCACCUUGGUGGAUUGGAUGGUUCUGCUGGAGAUGUCGCAUGAUGAGGUCUGGGCGCCAAUCAACCACCUCCGCACCUUGAUCUUGGCCUGCGUUUUCGGCACCAUGGGCGCUUUAUUGAUUCUAGCCUUUCCCGUCGCACACUACUCUAGCCGACCCAUCCGACGCCUGAGAGAUGCUACGAAGAGGUCGGUUUCCCCCGCCGUCCUCGAUGAGAGCAGCCUGGGAUCCGAAGCGGACGGAGCAGAUGACGAACGGGAUGAUGCCGCACUUGCACGGAAAGAAGGCUGGAUUGGCUCCAUCGUUCACUACCGUCGGAACCAAAAAGCGAGUCGCGCAGAAAAACGAGAAGCGGAGAGGAGGCGACAGUUCCGCAUUCCGUCGAAAGUCAAAGACCGGAAGCACUUCAUCCACGACGAGCUCACAGAUCUCACAAAGACUUUCAACGAAAUGACGGACGAAUUGAUGAUGCAAUACGAGAGACUCGAAGAGAGGGUUCAGCAGAGGACUGCCGAGUUGGAGCAGAGCAAGAAGGCAGCCGAAGCAGCUAAUGAGAGCAAGACGUUGUUCAUCGCAAAUAUCUCGCACGAGCUCAAGACUCCCUUGAACGGUAUUAUGGGCAUGUGCGCAGUUUGCAUGUCAGAAGACGACCCAAUCAAGUUGAAGCGAUCACUCGGCAUCAUUUACAAGAGCGGCGAUCUACUUCUCAACCUGUUGACUGAUUUGCUCACAUUCAGUAAAAACCAGGUCGGCCAGCAGAUAAGUCUAGAUGAAAAAGAGUUCCGGCUACGAGAUAUCAGUUCUCAGGUUAUAGCUAUCUUUGAGCGGCAAGCAAAAGAGGGGGGGAUCAAAUUGAGCGUCGAGUUCGAAGGACCCUACGAUGCGAAUAUGGACGAGAGCGGUCGACCCAUUGGAAAAGGUGACCUUGGGCCUUUCGGUCUGGGCCGUCUCAAAGAUAUGAUCCUCUAUGGCGACCAGCACCGAAUCCUUCAGGUGGUCAUCAAUCUGGUAUCGAACAGUCUCAAAUUCACGCCGGCAGGAGGCUCGGUCACGAUCUCUAUCCGAUGUCUGGGGGAAGCCCAACUGUCGGACAGCAGGAAGGCCUCUCUACAGUCACGGCACAGCUCAACACGUGGCUCUAGGCGAGCUCGCGGUACCAGUUCAGAGGUCGCGUCCGUAUCGGUGAAGGGAUCACAGGACCAGUACAGCACGGCCAACGUCAUCAAUGCGCACGACAGAGCGCAGGGAUACCAGUAUAUGAUGGGUCUAGAUCGAGCUCCAACCCCACCCCCGGGGAGAUGGCUAGCAUUCGAGUUUGAGGUGCAGGACACUGGUCCCGGUAUCCCAGAAAACAUUCACGCUAAGAUCUUUGAACCGUUUGUACAAGGAGAUCUUGGUCUCAGCAAAAAAUUCGGCGGCACGGGCUUGGGUCUGAGCAUUUGCUCCCAGCUCGCUGGACUUAUGAAAGGCACGAUCUCGCUCCAGAGUGAAGUGGGUCAAGGAAGUGUGUUCACUAUGGCCAUUCCCCUCAAACAUCUCAUGAACCGCGCCGACAGCACAGCAAGCUCGAGCAACAUCAAUCUCGGCCCCAGCAGCGGAAGGCAGAGCUUAUCCAAUGAAGACCAAGGUCAAAUGAUCAGGGACGAUGCGCUCUCGGGUCGAUCAGUAAACUCAACAAACAGUGUGCCCAUUGUGCCUGUAUCUGCGCCCUCAAGCGGGCCAGUCGCUUUCGAGAGCGACUCAAAGCCCCGUCUGGUAGGCCUAAGUCAGCCCUUCUUCGCAUCCAAUCCUCCUUUGGAAUCUCCCAAUUCGCAACAGAAGGCAAUGGCACGUGUAGAAGCCGAAGCUACACAACGAGGCGACAAAGUCAGGGUUCUCGUGGCCGAAGACAACAAAACCAACCAGGAGGUUGUAUUGCGCAUGCUCAAGCUUGAGGAUGUGUACGACGUCACCGUGGCUAAAGAUGGUCAAGAAGCCCUGGACAAGGUCAAGGAGAGCAUGGAGAGCCACACUCCAUACAAUCUCAUCUUCAUGGACGUUCAGAUGCCAAAUCUGGACGGUUUACAAUCAACUCGGCUGAUACGACAAUCUGGAUUCAAUGCGCCCAUUGUAGCUUUGACCGCUUACGCAGAAGAGCAGAAUGUCAAAGAGUGCCUCGACUCUGGCAUGAAUUUCUUCUUGUCUAAACCCAUCCGCCGUCCGGCACUAAAACACGUGUUGAAGACCUACUGUCCUCCCAUACCCGAGGAGGAUGGCGAGACAACGCCCCCGCCGAUCGAGCGCUCGGAACCGAAAGCAAACGGAGGUGUAACAGCACCUGUACAGGCGCGUCCUCCCGGAAGCAGCAACGUCGGCCAUACCCCCAUCGCAAGACUCGAACACAAAGACUCGCCCGCGAUAUCCCCGCUCACGCGGCCGGCAAAUGAACCUCCCCACUCCCCACCCUCGUAA